AUGGUGAAUAUUAUGAAUCAGUUGUUUGAACAAUUCCAAUUUUUAGGGGCGACUUUGGAUCUCCCAGGUACAGUAGGGUCAGUCAAGGAGCGCAUCGCUAAAUUCGAAUCAUUAUUAUCUGAUAAUCAUGAUUUCAUUCGUAUACCAGAUAAUUCAUUGGAAGGACAAGACUACGAAACACACAGAGUUACUCAGCAAGAACCUGUCCCCUACCAUGAUACACCGAAAGCAACUUCAUUCAUGGUGGCAAAUGAAGCGUCAGAUGCAAAGCAAACUGGCACGUCAUUUUUACUAUUUAUUUACGAUUGA